AGAAGAAAUGGGUCUGAAUCUGGAGGUUGCUUGCUUAAACAAAUACUUCAACAUCAACACACUCUGAGUCAGAUUCCGGUUCUCGGUCGUCGCUCGCAUUAGCUACUCCGGUACGCGAUUCAAGUAGCAGCAACUCCGCAGUGAACAUGGGCUUGUGGACAUUACUGGAGGGCUGUCUUCUUCUUGCAAAUGCUCUAGCAAUAUUAAAUGAAGACCGGUUCCUUGCACCAAGAGGCUGGAGCUUCUCAGAGUUUUCAGGAGGUCGAACAAAGUCUUUCAAAGGGCAGCUUAUGGGGCUUAUUUAUGCAACCCAGUACAUGAGAGUUCCUCUUAUAAUACUGAAUGCCAUUUGCAUUGUUGUAAAGCUAGUGUCUGGAUGAUGCCGCUAAGGAGUCAUUUAGUUGCUUCUGACUAAAAGGCGUCUGCAAAAACAAAGAUUCUUUUUGGAAGGGCAGAGAAGCAUAUAGAAAAUUCAAGGCUGCAGUUGAAAUUCUCUUUUGUAUGAUUAGUGAGUUUCAGGUUGUAACCCUAGCCUUGAAAACACAAUCAGUCAUGCAGAUGAGGAUAUUUUGGUGUUUGAUAAAAAAUUUAUAACAUGGUUUUUGUAUUCUUUUAGAAGUUUUAGAAAUUGACCUUAUAUAUGACAUUUUUGUUGGCUCAUUAACCUAAAUUUUUUUGCCAGAAUGCAAUGGAAAUAUAAUUUUUCUUGAUAA